CUCACAGCGCCAAUCGUUUAUUUGCAACAGCGGUCCAAAGCGCGCACCCGUCAGUGGAGGAGACGAGAGGACAGAAGGCGGCAGAGAGACAAAUAAAACCCAAUUAACCGGUUAAUCUGAAAACAGUCGCACGAACUCCAGCCGAGAUGUCAGAGGAAAAGCCAAAGGAGGGAGUAAAGACUGAGAAUGAUCACAUCAACCUCAAGGUUGCAGGGCAAGAUGGGUCGGUGGUCCAGUUCAAAAUCAAAAGACAUACACCACUCAGCAAACUAAUGAAGGCGUACUGUGAACGACAGGGUCUCUCAAUAAGGCAGAUCAGGUUCAGGUUUGAUGGCCAGCCUAUCAAUGAAACGGAUACACCUGCACAGCUGGAGAUGGAAGAUGAAGACACCAUAGAUGUUUUCCAGCAGCAGACGGGCGGGCACUGCUAAGCCCUCCCCACCUCAUUGACAGCCACCCUCAGACCACGCCCUCAGCCACCUUCACUGUCCCACCCCUCCUCAUUGCUCCUCUCAGCCUAUUAUUAUUAUUAUUAUUGUUAUUAUUAUUAUUUCUUCAGUUUAAAAUGUCAGUCAUGGUUUUUCGUCAGGUUGUGGGGGUGGGGGGGCUCCUCAGCUGUUUAUGUACUGUCUCAGCCGGGACUGAACUUUCGUGCGUGUCAACAGUCUCUCUGCUGGCCCAUCAGGACAACAUUUUCCUUUUGGCACCGCAGGCUGCGAUUGGACCAACAGCGCGCCACAGCUGCUCCUGGUUUGUCAGUGCUUCUCGUUCACUUUCAAGUGAAAGCUUAGUAUCCAGUAGUUUGUCACAGUUUUCAUCCAGCGGGGUCAAACACAAGGCUCUGCAAAUUCUUGUCCAGGGGUCACAGUCAGUGGGCAUGAAAAUGUCUUUGAAGUGGAAGCACUAUCUGAACUUAAUACACACCCGCCUUCCAUUUCACUUCACUCUUGUGUAUGUUUCUUGUCUGAAAGGUGACUCCUGCUCUUCUGUCAAAAAUGUAUUUUAAUUCUCUCCGCCUUUUAGGUGCUUUUGCUAAAGAGUUCUGCAAUGUUUUUGUAUUUUUGUUUUUUCUUUUAAAAAUUAACACCCACGGGGCUUGUUGAUUUAUUAUUAUUUUUUCUGUACAGAAGUAUCAGAAUGGAUAUUAGAUAAAUGUUGUGGGGCUUGGACCAAUA